AGUAAGACGAAAUUGAUUUAUCUUGGUGGUGAUGCGGGGAUGUGGAUCUGUUUUGAUCCUAUAGGAAGCCGAGAAGGCUGGCGUGCUUUUAUUUUAUUUUGCAUAUUUCUUUGUUGGACUUCUUUUGGUAUUGAUGGCAGUUACAAUGCAGCUGCAUUUAAUGUCCCUCAUAAUACUGUUACAUCAGAUAUAUCACUACCACUUUCAACACAUCAUGAAGAUGACGAAUGUAGGAAUGUGACUACUGAUAAAGCUACUACUGGUCUAUCAGUGAUCAAUCAAGGAUCUGGUUCUCCUCAUUCGCCAAUAGUGCCUCCAACUUUUCUGUACGGAGUUCUUACCUGCCAACCAUAUCAAGGAAUUUCUGUGAACCACAUCUAUUUUCAACUAGCAAAUGCCUUCUUUCUAUUGUCACACCUUGCACCAAGUGGCAUACAUGGCGUACUUUAUUUAAGGUGCACUCUGCUCGUGGGCUGUGCCUUUCUUGCUUUGUGGGGCUGGACAAUAGCUUGUUGGCUGGAUGCUGCUCUGUGGAAUGCUCUGUUUGUUGCCAUCAACUUCGUCCAUGUAUGCACGCUUCUUUACAAGCUCAGGCCUAUCAAGUUUUCAAGGGAAAUUGAAGAGGUAUAUAUCGCAGUAUUCCAGCCAUUGAGAGUAUCACGUCACCAAUUCAGAAAAGUAUUAAAUUGUAUGAAGAUUAUUCGACAAUUGAAAUAUCAAGAAGUUUAUGCCCAAGAAAAAGUGACCAAAGUUGAUUCUUUAUCUUUAGUACUUUCUGGAAAGUUAGUAGUUUCGCAAAAUGGAAGAGCAUUGCACAUUGUCUUCCCACAUCAGUUCCUGGAUUCUCCAGAAUGGUUUGGUGUCUCUACAGACGAGUACUUUCAGGUAUCAAUAACUGCUAUGGAAGAAUCAAGGAUAUUAUUAUGGCAUAGAGACAAGUUAAAAUUAAGCAUAAUUAGUGAUCAAUUUCUGCAGGCAGUGUUUGAUCACAUUUUGGGAAGGGAUGUAGUCAAAAAAUUGAUGCAGGUUAGUGAAACAAUGGCUGCUAGCAGUCAUCAACAGCAAAAUGGACAAGUAAUUGGUUUAGGUGGUAUUGGAGCCUUAGAAAAUGAUCCUGACACCAAACUUUUUGUUGUGAAAAAGACUGGUGAUAGUCAAGGUAUUACUGCCCUCAUCAGUCGUCAACUUCAAGCAGCAGGAGAUCCAAAUGCAUGGAGAUUGGGAAGAAUUGAAGAGACUGAUCAUGAAACACCUGUUUAAUGAAAUGAAAACUAGAUGAAUGUCAUCCUCGACAGUCAAUAUAAACUAACACCAGUCUUUUUAUAUAACAUAAAAUAAUGAUGAAAUAUUUUCAUCAUUGGAAGAUAUAGUAUGGUGUGCGUGGAACAAUUAAACAUUCUCUUGCCAAUUAAUAAUUUUUCCCACUAGUCAAGUAUGAUUAACAAUGGAAAAAUUUCAUUGUUUAUAGAAUAAUGGUUCCAUCCUAGUUUAUAUAAAGUGAUAUGACUAUAAACAUUACUUUAUGCUUCCAAUAUAUUAUUGAAUACUAUUAAAACUAAUUUAAAUAUGGCUGUUUAUAAUUCACACUGAUUUUUUUUAACAUGCAUAUGUUUAGUAUUGAUCAAGUAAGACUUUACAUGUGUAAUAAAAUGGAGGUUGUUCAAUCGCAGCGGCGUAACUUCUUUAAUGAGAAAUCUGUGAUUUAUUGGAAGUGGUAAA